AUGGCUCCCGUUCCAGUUGAAGACCCCGGCAUGCCAGGCGUGCCAAUGGAGCUGCGGGAUAUGGACGGUAUUCCUGGAGUCCCACUCGAAGCCCGCGAUAACGAAGACACAAAGCUCUCCCUGGAGGCUCGCUCAUUCAACGAAGAAAUUAUUGCCGAUAGAUCACCCUCCAUCAGUAACAACCUCGUUGCUCGAUCCGAUUCCACCUCCACCUCAACUUCCACCAUCAAGUAUGGCCAAGGCACGAUCGACCCUCACAGCAUCAAAAUGCAAGGUCUAUUGGCACUUUUUGCCCUUAUCGGCGCAGCUUUUGUACUCGGCAGUAUUUGGUUCUUCUUCUGGGCCAAGAACGGCGGCUUCCACUGGCGCAAAGGCGACUGGGAUGACUACAAGUCUACCGUCCUGCGUCGCAAAGGCCCAGACGGUCGCACCCUCAGUAACGCAACAAAGAGUACAAAGCUUGGUGGCGGCAGUGUUGUGGGCAAAGGAUACACCGACGACGGAUACACCUACACGGACGAAACAUACACGCAAACCGCUUCGACUAUCAUGACGGCAGACGAGAAGCCCAAACGCAAACGCAACUUCAAGGAAAAGAUCCUUCGCCGCCACCGCGAUGACCACUGGGAAGGUGAAGGAGACGCCGAUGUUCGCGCAUACCGUGAGGAGAAGCCCGCACAGAUUGGUGGCAUGAACCGCGAGGCAGACGGCACCUACCACGGUAGUGACUAUGACUCCUCCGCACCGCCUACACACUACAACCGCAGCGAGAUGAGCGAGGUCCGUGACUACGCUUACGAAAAGCCUCGUCGGUCUAAGACAAAGCAGAAACGCAAUCCAUCUGGCUUCUCCUUCACUGCUGGCAGUGAAGAUGUGCUUAGCCAAGCUACCGAGGAACAUUCGUUGCGUGACCCCGGCCGCCGGGAGCGGGACCGCGAGCGUGAGAUCCGUCGAGAGAACCGUCGUCGUGACCGACGCAGUGCAGCCGCCUCUUCUGUUCCCUCCGCUCCUUCUUCUCGGACAAGCAGCCCGCGUAAGAAGGAGACUCGCAACAUGCCUGGCCACUUCACUGAGCCGCUGGAUUUCUCGUCCUCUGGCACUCGCUCUGAGUACCAAUAUUCCAACGUUGAUACUGAAGAUUCGGGCACGAAGAGUUAUCACCACCCGAUUGCUGGUUUGAGUAAGGGUUACCGACGUGAUGAUCGCCGUGAUGGCCGACGAAGCCGUCGCCGUGAUAGUCUGAGUGACAGUGAUGGUGACGAAACCCGUUAUUCAUGA